UGUUAUUGAAGAUGGCGACGUCAUUAGGAGCCAACACGUAUAACAGACAGAAUUGGGAAGAUGCGGACUUCCCAAUUCUUUGUCAGACAUGUCUGGGAGAAAACCCUUAUAUUCGUAUGACCAAAGAGAAAUAUGGAAAAGAAUGCAAGAUCUGUGCACGGCCCUUCACGGUGUUUCGCUGGUGUCCCGGCGUGCGCAUGCGCUUUAAGAAGACAGAGGUGUGCCAAACAUGCAGUAAGAUGAAGAACGUCUGUCAGACCUGUCUGCUGGAUCUUGAGUAUGGUUUACCAAUCCAGGUCCGUGACACUGGGCUGUCAAUUAGGGAUGACAUGCCGAAAUCCGACGUGAAUAAGGAAUAUUAUACUCAAAAUAUGGAGCGAGAGAUCCAGAAUUCAGAUGGUACCAGACCAAUUGGACAGCUGGGGAAAUCUCCAAGCCCCAGCGACAUGCUGCUAAAACUGGCCCGUACCACACCUUACUACAAGAGAAACAGACCUCACAUCUGCUCCUUCUGGGUCAAAGGAGAGUGUAAGAGAGGAGAAGAAUGUCCUUACAGACAUGAAAAGCCCACAGAUCCGGAUGACCCGUUGGCGGAUCAGAACAUAAAAGACCGCUUUUACGGCAUUAAUGAUCCAGUGGCUGAUAAACUCCUGAAACGGGCCUCCACCAUGCCCAGACUGGACCCCCCUGAGGACAAAACCAUUACCACGCUCUACAUCGGGGGGUUGGGGGAAAGUAUCACAGACUUAGAGCUCAGGAACCACUUCUACCAGUUUGGGGAGAUUCGCAGCAUUACCAUAGUGCAGAGACAGCAAUGUGCUUUCAUCCAGUUUGCCACCCGGCAGGCAGCUGAGCUCGCUGCCGAGAAGUCCUUCAACAAGCUCAUUAUUAACGGCCGUAGGCUCACCAUGAAGUGGGGCAGGUCUCAGGCAGCCAGAGGCAAAGACAAAGACAAGGAAGGGGUCAGUGAGAUGGGCACGAGGUUGGAGCCAGUGCCGGGUCUGCCUGGAGCUCUGCCACCACCCCCAGCACUUGAGGAAGAAGCUUCAACCAAUUACUUUAACCUGGACCCUAGUGCCCCUUCGGCAGUGAUAAACCUCAGCCUCCCCCCUCCCCCUGGCCUGGGUAAUCCACCACCUCCAGUAUUUGGUUCUCCGAUGUUCCAUCCUAUGGGUCCUCCUCCUCCUCCUCCUCCUCCUCCCAUGGGCUUCAGACCUCCAGGCCACAUCCACUACCCUUCCCAGGAUCCUCAGCGAAUGGGAGCUCACGCGGCCAAACGGCAUGGGGACUAGUGAAAUUGCUCUUCAUUCUCUUGUUCCAAAGGUCAAUGUAAAGACUAGGGGUCAAGUCUAGUGUGUCAUGGAGCUUUCAACACUGCUCUGUAGCUAUCUGUGAGUUCAGGUCUAAGAAUGCAAAGUGAGUUGACUCACUGCAAACACGUUAUCAGGUUAGGAAUAUUUUCAAAUGAAGGUCUUUAGACUUAGCAAACAUUCAACCAGUGGUUGAUAUGUGGUUGGGAAAUGCUGUUUACUUAUGCUAAUUUGCUUAGGAUUGACAUGUCACCAUCUCAGUUUUGCUCCAAGACUGUUUUUAGUUUAUAAAAGUUGAAGAGUAAGACUUGAAAUCUCAUUGAGUGAGUGUUGAAAUGAAUUGUGCAUGUUGACUGAACAGUCCAACCAUAGAACAAAUACAAGAAGUUAUUAUAUUGCAUUUAACAUCUCAUGUCUCGGAAAUAUCUACUUCCACUGCUGUUUUUCGGUCCUUUUGAUCAAGAGUUUAAAGCACUAUUCUUUCAGAAAUAAGUACUUUUUAAUUUUAAUUUGCAUUUUGAGAAACAGAACACUGAGUUUGACCUUAACACAGUUUUAGACACAUUUUUGUUGAUG